CAACCAUGGGCACUCCCAGAGCCCCCUCCUGGUUGAGGCUGAGAAUUAAAGAUCAGGAAGAAGGAGGAGGAGUGGCUUCCUGGAUGCGUAGAGCUUAGGAGGCAAUGGAGAGGUAAAGGAGCCAGCCUCAGCCACCUUCAGCUUCCUGCAGUAAAUGGCCAAAGGGAGACGCUUCAAUCCGCCUUUAGACAAGGAUGGAAGAUGGUUCCCUCACAUCGGACUGACGCAAAAGACACCAGAAUCCAUCACAAGUGCUAUGUUAAAAAAGCCCCAAGGUCCACGUUUGUCUUGGCAAGUGGACGGGAAGCUACCGCCAAUCUACAAAGUCCGGGAGAAGCAAGCAGUAAAUAACAACUUCCCCUUCUCUGUACACGACAAUCGGCACAGCUUUCAGAACUCUGGGUACUACCUCGACUCCGGCCUGGGACAUAGGAAGAUCUCCCCAGAAAAAAGGCAACACGUUUCAAGAAAUUUCAAUCUUUGGGCAUGUGACUAUGUUCCGUCUUGUCUUGAUGGCUUUUCAAAUAACCAAAUAUCAUAUGUCUACCAGGAAGCUGCGGUGGUCCCAAUUUUCAGACGCUUUCCAAGACAUUAUAAUGAGAUAUGGAGCACUUUUAAAUUUAUUCCUGAGCGAAGCUAUACAGAGUUUUUGAAAAAGAAUCCAAAAGUAAGGUUCGCUAUUGACAAAAAGACCGGUUCUCCACUGGAGCCCUAAUCCUUCCAGAAGAUUCUUGAUGAGUUUUGUAAUAUUGGUAUUUCUUUGGACAUUCUAAAAGUAUGUGUUUCUGACUCAGCACUACCAUUUACCAUAAGAUUUGUUUAGCGUUAGAGAUUAGAAGACUGUAUACGCUUUAAUGCUGAAGUGAAGUUUUCUUGCAAUACUAACAGAGAUUAAAAUCUUUAUAUUGAGAAACCAGAAAGGAAACAGAUUAUGUUACCA